CUCAUGAUCUAGGCGUCAUAAAUCGACUGUCGUUUGAUCAAUUUAAUUUUUCCGUUAGCCUACUGGUUUACUUUAAAAUUAACACGCUGAAAUUGGAGCAAGGGAAAUUUUUAUUAAGAAAAAGGUAGUGCCAAAUUAUUUGUAUUUUUAAAAAAUACAAAUGGAGCCAAUUCAAGUUCCGUUUCAACAAGCUGGCCCUCAGCGACCAGCUUUGAAAUGUCAAAAAGGAGAAAAAAAAACUUUUUGUACAUCCAGUGGAGUGUUUAUAGCAGAUGCAGAUGAUGUUUUAGGAAGGGGAACGUAUGGCGUAGUGUAUCGUGUUAGACAUCAACAAAAUCCUUCUAUAAAAAAAGCCGUGAAAACAUUUUGUCCAGAAACAAUGGAUGAAGCUGAAGGAAUUCCUUCUACUACCUUAAGAGAAAUUAAUGCAUUGAAAACAAUCCAGCAUCCUAAUGUUAUGACGGCUGAAGAAGUUGUGAUCCCUAUGGAACAUGCAUUAACAGAUAUGUUUGUUUUAAUGGAAUUGUGUCGGGGCACAUUAAAAGAUAAAAUUAUUGAAUUAAUUAAAGUUCAUUUACAUGGGGAUCCAAGUUGGAGGCGCCCUGCACCGGGUACGAAAUUACCUGAGGCUUAUGUAAAGGAAGCUAAAAUUAUAGCUUGGCAAUUGUUAAAUGCUCUAGCUGUUGUUCAUUCUCGUGGCGUAAUGCAUCGAGAUUUGAAGCCUGUGAAUAUUAUGUGGGGGUUUGAUGAUCUUUUGAAACUAGGUGAUUUUGGUUUAGCGCGUUUUGUUCGAGGAAAUCAAAAUGCUGAUAAUAGUGUCCUUCAACAAACCGGAGAAGUUCAAACCAUGUGGUAUCGUGCACCAGAAGUUCUCUUGGGAGAUGAAAAAUAUGGUCUUUUAGUAGAUGAUUGGAGUAUUGGUUGUGUGAUUGCUGAAUUAUUUAGAUUUCGUCGUAGUUCAGCUGGACGAGUUGAGCCUGACCCUUUAUUUCAUGGUAGAAGUGAUGUUGAAACACUUAUGAUCAUUUUUGAAACUUUUGGUACUCCGAAUCCUGAAGCGAAUUUCUCUCAACGUUAUUUAGCAGGUUUACCGUACUGGAGCAAUUCCUUUCCGAAUUGGGUUCAAGGAAAUUUAAAAGAACGCAUUCCUUUGUUAGAUCCAUUAGGAUUUGAAGUAUUAGAACAGUUAUUACGUAUUUCUCCCUCUGAAAGGCGUGCAGCUCGUUUUCUUCUAGAUCAUCCUUGGUUUAAUGAUGUGCGUUCUGAGCUUCAGCAAUUCGUACCUUGGUAUCAUGGAUUUGAGAAAGAUUAUACUCGUAUGAUGGCUGUGGAUCGUUUACCUUUGCCCAGAACAAUUAAGGAUAUUACAGCGGAAAAAAAAUUAAAACAAGAAGCUUUAUCAGCGCAGAACUCCAAACUUUUUACUCAACGGACUACCACAUCGAGUACGACAUCUUUGGCAUCAACCAAUGCAUCAACGACAACUAUGGCAAAAACAACAAAAGAACCUCAAACCUAAUCUUCCUUUGAGUGUUUUUUUUUUCUAUGUUUUUCACGCUUUUUGUAAAUGACGCAACUUAUCAUUUUAAUUUAAUGUUCUGGUUUCCUUUUAAACAAAAGCAGUCUCAUGAGUGUUGGAUUCCUGUGUACCCUCGUGUAAUAUUACUUGUAGCCAAUUAGAUUUGCCGACAUUUCCAUUGUCAUUUUUUUAAUGGUAUGAAAAUGUGGCGUGUAAAUGUUUUUACAAUUGCAGUUUAAAAAAUUAAAAAAUGUGUUAUGAUUUUCGUUAAUCAUUUUAGUUAUAUUUGUUACCACCAUGAAAAAACUAACUCUCUCUUCUAUGUUUAUCCCGAAAAAAUGGAGUGGUUUUUAUUUUGUUACAUAU